AAUAAUAAUCCCACGCGCGUGAUGAAAUCGCGUUAAGCGUGUGGUAACCUAACACCGGCGGUGAUCCUUUUUUCCGAUCGUGUUUCUAAUCCCUCACAUAUCUUUCUCUCGAAACGACCGACUCUGGCGAGAUAGAUAUUGAUCCGGAAAGCUCUUCACGUUAUCGAAAUUGGAAAAUUCAGAUAGAAGCUUCUGGAAUCACUCUGAAGAGUUGAAAGACCCGAAUCCCUAAGAAACCAGGGGAGGUUAUUGUUCUCAUCAGAAGUUGUUGUCGAACGGCGAACGGUGGUUAAUUUCCGGGUUUUUUUUUGCUGUGAUUGUUGGAGCUUGAGCUGUAUCCGUCCACUGAGUAAUAAUGGGGGUCGAUCCAUUCAAAACUACUGACACGUUAGAAACCGAGAAAGAAACCGGCACUGGUGUCCCUGUGAAUGAUAAAUUGACCUUUACAGCUCCUGAAAGGAAGUCUCGCUUAGGUUUGGAUGUAAGGGCAAUUGAGAAAAGGGAGAAUGCCAAGACCCAGGGGGACUUUAAGGUCCCCAAGAAAUCAACAAUAUCCUUUACAUCAUCUUUUGAUGAAGAGGAUAAAUCUGAUGCAUCAGGAUUAGAUCAUGGAGCAGAAACCACAACACAUGGCCAUUCCAGCAGACGGUAUAGAGAGAAGUCUUCAAGAUCUGAGACUGCACAAGAAAGUACCGUGACUACAGAGAAUGCUGCAACUUCAGAUGUUUCCAUGACUCCCAGGAGUUUAUCUAGUACUUCUAGAUACGAGAGAGCUGAUAGCAAUAGACGUCGAGAUGAACAUAGGCGUGACAGAAGUGAAACUCCACGGUCAAGACAGAGAAACACUUAUGGUGAGAUGGAUCACUACCGAGGGAGGGAGUCUUAUCGCCAAGGUGACCGAGACUAUCAUGGAGAAAAGCGUGGAAGAUACAAUAGCGAUAGGAGGACUCCAGGUAGAUCAGACUGGGAUGAUGGAAAAUGGGAAUGGGAAGAUAGUCCUCACGGAGAUAGAGACUCUAGUUACAGCAAGCGACAUCAGCCUUCUCCAUCACCCAUGUUAGCUGCAGCUUCACCUGAUGCUCGUUUAGCCUCCCCAUGGCUGGAUACACCACGUUCAAUAAUGUCUUCUGCCUCUCCAUGGGAUAUUGGUGCACCUUCUCCUGUUCCUAUUCGGGCUUCUGGAUCGUCUAUCAGAUCCUCAAGCUCUAGGUAUGGUGGAAGAUCAAAUCAACCUGCUUACUCUAGGGAAGGUGAUCUGACAAAUGAGGGGCAUUUAGAUGAGGAUAUAUCGCAAGGAGCUGAAGAAUUUAAACAUGAGAUCACAGAAACAAUGCGUGAGGAGAUGGAUAUUCAGUCAGAUCGUGCAUGGUAUGAUACAGACGAAGGGAACUCACUGUUUGAUGCGGACAGUGCAUCCUUUUAUCUUGGAGAUGAUGCUUCGCUACAGAAGAAGGAAGCUGAGCUGGCAAAGAGAUUGGUCAGAAGGGAUGGUAGCAAAAUGUCACUUGCGCAGAGUAAAAAAUAUUCUCAGCUUAAUGCGGAUAAUGCUCAGUGGGAAGACCGCCAGCUUCUCAGAUCUGGAGCAGUUAGAGGCACAGAAGUGCAGACUGAGUUUGAUAGCGAAGAAGAACGGAAAGCAAUUCUUCUUGUACAUGAUACGAAGCCUCCUUUCCUUGAUGGAAGAGUCGUUUUUACAAAGCAAGCGGAGCCAGUAAUGCCUAUAAAGGAUCCCACAUCAGACAUGGCAAUAAUUUCACGAAAAGGAUCAGGUCUUGUCAAAGAAAUUCGGGAGAAACAAAGUAUGCAUAAAUCACGACAGCGGUUCUGGGAGCUUGCAGGUUCUAAUCUUGGUAAUAUCCUUGGUGUUGAAAAAUCAGCUGAGCAGAUUGAUGCCGAUACUGCUGUAGUUGGUGAUGAAGGUGAAGUAGAUUUUAAAGGUGAGGCUAAAUUUGCACAACAUAUGAAGAAGGGAGAAGCUGUGAGUGAUUUUGCCAUGUCAAAGACCAUGGCAGAGCAACGACAGUACCUCCCCAUAUUUUCUGUUAGAGAUGAACUUUUGCAGGUAAUUAGAGAAAACCAGGUGAUAGUGGUGGUUGGCGAAACUGGUUCGGGAAAGACCACUCAACUCACACAGUAUCUUCACGAGGACGGGUAUACUAUAAAUGGUAUAGUAGGCUGCACCCAACCAAGGCGUGUAGCAGCCAUGAGUGUUGCAAAGAGAGUUAGUGAAGAGAUGGAAACAGAGUUGGGUGAUAAAGUGGGGUAUGCGAUUCGUUUUGAAGAUGUAACUGGUCCAAACACUGUUAUCAAGUACAUGACCGAUGGAGUGCUACUGAGAGAGACCCUGAAAGAUUCCGACUUGGAUAAGUAUCGUGUGGUGGUGAUGGAUGAAGCCCAUGAAAGGUCACUCAACACAGACGUCCUUUUUGGAAUAUUGAAAAAAGUUGUGGCUCGGCGUCGUGAUUUCAAAUUGAUCGUCACGUCAGCAACCCUUAAUGCUCAAAAGUUUUCCAAUUUCUUUGGGAGUGUUCCGGUAUUCAACAUUCCUGGGCGGACUUUCCCUGUCAACAUUCUCUACUCUAAAUCUCCUUGUGAAGACUAUGUUGAAGCUGCUGUUAAACAAGUUAUGACGAUUCACAUAACGAGCCCACCUGGGGACAUUCUCAUCUUUAUGACUGGGCAAGAUGAGAUUGAAGCAGCGUGCUUUUCACUUAAGGAGAGAAUGGAACAGCUCAUUGCAUCGUCCAACAGAGAAAUCACAAACCUACUUAUUCUCCCAAUAUACUCUCAGCUACCCGCUGACUUGCAGGCAAAGAUUUUCCAGAAACCAGAAGAUGGAGCCCGUAAAUGCAUUGUUGCCACCAAUAUUGCUGAAACAUCACUGACAGUCGAUGGAAUAUAUUAUGUGAUUGACACGGGGUAUGGAAAGAUGAAGGUUUUUAAUCCUAGAAUGGGUAUGGAUGCUCUUCAAGUUUUCCCUAUAAGUCGUGCAGCCUCUGAUCAGCGUGCUGGGAGAGCUGGAAGGACAGGGCCGGGAACAUGUUACAGGCUGUAUACUGAGAGUGCUUAUUUGAAUGAAAUGUUGCCAAGUCCCGUGCCAGAGAUUCAGCGUACAAAUCUGGGUAAUGUUGUGCUGUUGUUGAAGUCGUUGAAAAUAGACAACUUGUUAGAUUUUGAUUUCAUGGAUCCACCUCCACAAGAGAACAUCCUCAACUCUAUGUACCAGCUUUGGGUGUUGGGUGCUCUUAGCAAUGUUGGAGGAUUAACUGAUCUCGGGUGGAAGAUGGUGGAAUUCCCAUUGGAUCCACCUCUUGCGAAGAUGCUCUUAAUGGGUGAACGGCUUGAUUGCAUAAACGAGGUUCUGACGAUCGUGUCAAUGCUUUCAGUACCUUCAGUGUUCUUCAGACCUAAAGAAAGAGCAGAAGAGAGUGAUGCCGCAAGGGAGAAAUUUUUUGUGCCAGAAUCAGAUCAUUUAACGCUAUUGAAUGUAUAUCAACAGUGGAAAGAGCAUGACUAUAGAGGAGACUGGUGCAAUGACCAUUACCUACAAGUCAAGGGUCUGAGAAAAGCUAGAGAGGUAAGAUCCCAGCUUCUGGAUAUCCUCAAGCAACUAAAGAUACCACUCAAGUCAUGUGGACCGGAUUGGGAUAUUGUGAGAAAAGCCAUCUGUUCAGCGUAUUUCCACAACUCAGCCAGAUUAAAAGGUGUUGGGGAGUAUGUGAACUGUAGAACCGGGAUGCCUUGCCAUUUGCACCCGAGCAGUGCACUGUACGGUCUGGGAUACACACCGGAUUAUGUGGUGUACCAUGAACUGAUCUUGACCACUAAGGAGUACAUGCAGUGUGCUACAUCGGUUGAGCCACAUUGGCUUGCUGAGUUAGGCCCUAUGUUCUUCUCGGUCAAAGACUCGGAUACAUCAAUGUUGGAGCAUAAGAAGAAGCAGAAGGAAGAGAAAACAGCGAUGGAGGAAGAGAUGGAGAAACUGAGAAGAGAUCAGGCGGAGUCGGAAGUGAGAAGCAAAGAGAANCUUCACGAGGACGGGUAUACUAUAAAUGGUAUAGUAGGCUGCACCCAACCAAGGCGUGUAGCAGCCAUGAGUGUUGCAAAGAGAGUUAGUGAAGAGAUGGAAACCGAGUUGGGUGAUAAAGUGGGGUAUGCGAUUCGUUUUGAAGAUGUAACUGGUCCAAACACUGUUAUCAAGUACAUGACCGAUGGAGUGCUACUGAGAGAGACCCUGAAAGAUUCCGACUUGGAUAAGUAUCGUGUGGUGGUGAUGGAUGAAGCCCAUGAAAGGUCACUCAACACAGACGUCCUUUUUGGAAUAUUGAAAAAAGUUGUGGCUCGGCGUCGUGAUUUCAAGUUGAUCGUCACGUCAGCAACCCUUAAUGCUCAAAAGUUUUCCAAUUUCUUUGGGAGUGUUCCGGUAUUCAACAUUCCUGGGCGGACUUUCCCUGUCAACAUUCUCUACUCUAAAUCUCCUUGUGAAGACUAUGUUGAAGCUGCUGUUAAACAGGUUAUGACGAUUCACAUAACGAGCCCACCUGGGGACAUUCUCAUCUUUAUGACUGGGCAAGAUGAGAUUGAAGCAGCGUGCUUUUCACUUAAGGAGAGAAUGGAACAGCUCAUUGCAUCGUCCAACAGAGAAAUCACAAACCUACUUAUUCUCCCAAUAUACUCUCAGCUACCCGCUGACUUGCAGGCAAAGAUUUUCCAGAAACCAGAAGAUGGAGCCCGUAAAUGCAUUGUUGCCACCAAUAUUGCUGAAACAUCACUGACAGUCGAUGGAAUAUAUUAUGUGAUUGACACGGGGUAUGGAAAGAUGAAGGUUUUUAAUCCUAGAAUGGGUAUGGAUGCUCUUCAAGUUUUCCCUAUAAGUCGUGCAGCCUCUGAUCAGCGUGCUGGGAGAGCUGGAAGGACAGGGCCGGGAACAUGUUACAGGCUGUAUACUGAGAGUGCUUAUUUGAAUGAAAUGUUGCCAAGUCCCGUGCCAGAGAUUCAGCGUACAAAUCUGGGUAAUGUUGUGUUGUUGUUGAAGUCAUUGAAAAUAGACAACUUGUUAGAUUUUGAUUUCAUGGAUCCACCUCCACAAGAGAACAUCCUCAACUCUAUGUACCAGCUUUGGGUGUUGGGUGCUCUUAGCAAUGUUGGAGGAUUAACUGAUCUCGGGUGGAAGAUGGUGGAAUUCCCAUUGGAUCCACCUCUUGCAAAGAUGCUCUUAAUGGGUGAACGGCUUGAUUGCAUAAACGAGGUUCUGACGAUCGUGUCAAUGCUUUCAGUACCUUCAGUGUUCUUCAGACCUAAAGAAAGAGCAGAAGAGAGUGAUGCCGCAAGGGAGAAAUUUUUUGUGCCAGAAUCAGAUCAUUUAACGCUAUUGAAUGUAUAUCAACAGUGGAAAGAGCAUGACUAUAGAGGAGACUGGUGCAAUGACCAUUACCUACAAGUCAAGGGUCUGAGAAAAGCUAGAGAGGUAAGAUCCCAGCUUCUGGAUAUCCUCAAGCAACUAAAAAUACCACUCAAGUCAUGUGGACCGGAUUGGGAUAUUGUGAGAAAAGCCAUCUGUUCAGCGUAUUUCCACAACUCAGCCAGAUUAAAAGGUGUUGGGGAGUAUGUGAACUGUAGAACCGGGAUGCCUUGCCAUUUGCACCCGAGCAGUGCACUGUACGGUCUGGGAUACACACCGGAUUAUGUGGUGUACCAUGAACUGAUCUUGACCACUAAGGAGUACAUGCAGUGUGCUACAUCGGUUGAGCCACAUUGGCUAGCUGAGUUAGGGCCUAUGUUCUUCUCGGUCAAAGACUCGGAUACAUCAAUGUUGGAGCAUAAGAAGAAGCAGAAGGAAGAGAAAACAGCGAUGGAGGAAGAGAUGGAGAAACUGAGAAGAGAUCAGGCGGAGUCGGAAGUGAGAAGCAAAGAGAAAGAGAAAAGGAAAAGGGCAAAGCAGCAGCAACAGAUUUCAGGUCCUGGCUUGAAGAAAGGAACUACUUACCUCAGGCCUAAGAAGUUUGGACUGUGACAUUUGUAAUGUAAAAACAGAGCGAAAACUUUACCGGAAAAGGAAAAAAAAAAGAGAAGAAAAGAAAAACAGCCAAAAUAGAGCGAACUGUAAUCACCUUGUGUCUGUAGUAUAUUUCUCAGUGAGAACAAUCUUAAUUGUUUGAAGCUUGUAUUGAAUUCUUUAUCGCUAAUUAGUUUAGUUGAAACCCA